AAAAAUUAUCAAAAAAUACUAACAGAAUAACACUUACUAAUUUUGCUUAUCACUUCUGAAUGCUAACAUUAUUAGUAGAAUUUAAUCAACUAACAAAGUUAUGUGUAGAACCACAUGUUAACCAUAAAACUAACUAUGCAUCAGUUUGGUUAAACAAAAGUACCUAAUACUUUGUCAAAUCUAACAAACACAGUCAUCAAAAUGUCUUAAGUAAUUGAUUAGUAUUAAGUUUUGUCCAAAUCAGGACUCAGCAUAAAGGCAAAAAUUACGAAAGUUACGAAAUUACUGUUAAAUCUAAUUAUAUUAGAAAAUAUGUUUAGUACAGUAUUCUGCUUAGCAAAAGUCUUAAAACAUCAGCUUAAAAGUCAACUUAGGUGUGAUUAGUUCUAUAAAAACCUUAUUUUUAUUAAUAUAAUAAACCAAUAAGUUAAUUCUCUCAAAUUUCAACUGAUAUUCUCAAAAGAAUGGUCUAGAAAUACUCCAACAAUAAUAUUGUAGGCACUCAUGCUUUAAGCUUAAUGCGGGAUGUAUAAAAUCCCUCCAAAUUCAUCAAUAAUAUUUUCUAAGGAACACAUUUUACUCAGAAUCACACUAAAAACCAAUUUUCGUGUAAAGAUCUAGAUGACCCUUUACCAGUACAAAAAAAAGAUAGGUUGAGCAAAAUUAUGAAAAAAGAGAUAAUUAUUUACCUAAUUAAAUGAUUAUACUGUAAGGGCUAAAUUAAUCUACCCCUACAAAAGACAGGCUAUUAUGGAUGUGUGUGUGUGACCUUUAAUGUGUUGGCACUACAGAUGCAUAUAUAAAGGCCAGCACAGUAGGGGGAGCCUGCAGUCAGUAGUUGGAGCUGGAACGAGACAGUUGUGUGGAGAGCUAGAAAAUAUAUUUUCGAAUUCUCUACCCUGUUGUCUUCAGCUUUAGUUAUUGUACUUCUAUGAUUUUAAAUGAGUGUUUUAAAUUCAAAUCACUAAAUUGCUAAAUACCUGGUGGAUGCCGGGCUGCGUAUGGAACGUAAUAGUCACGCUCCAUUCAAUCCUAAGAUCCGUGGAUCCGUGUUUACAAUCCAGACGCAGCGUCGCACUUAUCACCUCGAAGCUGAUUGCGAAUCCGAGAUGGAGAAGUGGGUGGACGCCAUCUGCCGAGUCUGCGGCUUGCGCUCCACACAAGAGUCAUCCCCCGUCAAGGUCGUCGAUAAUUAUCAGAACAACGUCUCCACUGUGUCAGCAUUGACCGACCAUUACGAAUGUCCUGACGGUACCGGCCCCUACAUACCCAUCUCCGAAUGCAUCACCGGCGUGCGCGCACAAGAUGAGCAACGGGCUUUCACGUUUGACCCAAAGAAUAUUAUGAUGAGUACCCGUAUCGAGGGUCAACAGUUGUACUCCAGCCAGUCGCACUUCAGGCUUAACACCGCCGAACUGUCUGAGAAUGAGUCCAAUUUGAGCGACGAAGAAGAGGUGUCGCUGCAUGCUAGUCACCAGAACAUACACUGGUCCGUUACCAAGUCUUUCACGAAAUUGACCGUGACACCCAAGAAGAAUGGAGGAUCCGAGGAUGGCCCUCCAGUCCCACCGCGCCCGCCCAAAACCUUUGCCACCUUGUCCACUAGGACACGAGAUGCCCCGCUAAAAGAUCCCUUCCAAGGUCCCAAGAUUCAGGAACCCCCGGAGACGUCUGCUCAUGAGAAUGCGCUGCAUCAACAGCAGCAACAUCCGCCGCUGCAUCAUCCACAGCAGCACCAGCAACAGCAGCAGCUCCACCAGCAACAGCAGCAGCAACAACAACAGCAGCAGCGGCUUCGAGUCCCGCGCCGUAUGUCUCAGGGAGCCCCCACCUCGCCUGGGCGACUGCUCGUACCAGUUCUGCGUACCACCGAUGAUGAAGAGGAAACUUCACCGGGACAUGCCUCGAUGCAGUACUGCAAUCUCCCGUCGCUGCCGCCCGCGGUUGACCGCGCUCUGAAGCCGCGUCAUUCAAGCGUCAGCGUUGGCCACAUCAACGCCAUCAUGGCACAGGGUGGUUCGCAGCAUGCUGACGAAACAAAGCCCGAUGUUCUGCAGUACCUUGAUCUGGAUCUCCACACCUCGAAACCACCCCAAUCUAAGGGCGCAGACCAACGCAGCACUGUUGACGUCAACCAUGGCAAGUCUCUCUCAGCUGUCGAAUCCGACUCUGCAUACAAGACCGUCGACUUCCUGAAGACCGAGGCCUUCAACAUCACCCGGCAGGACGCAGAGGCUUCCAGAAGUUUCCAAUAUUAGCACCAGCCUCCAACAAGGAGACCACGACACAAGCCGUCAUGUUUUUCCUUGUUCAAGUAGACAGUGAAAACACACCAGUGUUCUCCCCAGUGAUUUAAAUAUUAUUAGUUAUUUAGGGGGGCUUAUUCAGGUGAAAAUCAACCGGAAUAAGUCUAAAUGCUUGUUAAACCUGGUCGCAGAUGAUUAAAAACACCAGCCCUAAAGCAUUGUAGCAACGACUUUGGUCGCGCGGCUGGUGAAAAUCUGCCCUUGUAAACCCCCUGUACCGGUCUAACGACUGCGUUAAAAUUACAAACAAUAUAUCUCUGCAGUGAAAAAGUUUUGUGUGGUAAUAUGAUCGACGUAUCAUCAGCAUUUAAUGAGGGAAAGACGUUUAAAGCUUUAACUUGUAGAUGGAUUUGUGUCUUGGUAUGACGGUCGGUAGCACCGGCUAAUAUUGUGACGUCAGAGAUGUAAUUAAUAGUAUUAUAUUAUAGCAAUAAGUAUACAGUAUUUACUUUGUGUAUUUUGUAAAUAUUAUCUCGAAAUUGUUGACACAAAAGUCAUAAAUGUUGUGAAUAGUUUCAAGGAUUGUAACAUGAGUAGGGUAAGCUCUGUAAAGAAUGUAAAGUAAAGACGUAGGAAUGGAGGAAUAUUUAUGAUUUUUGUCCAAUUUAAUGUCAUAUUGCAUUUAACACGAGUACAAAUACUUGUGGAACAGUAGGCAGUGUGUCGCACAAGACACAGGCAUUUGUGUAUUUCUUAGAAGUAAGUACUUAAAUAUUGUUACAACAUUUGUAAAUUUAUCAAUGAUUGUCAUAAAUUGUUUGUUACCAUUAUUUAUUAAUUGUAAGUUUAAACUUUUCAUGUUAGCAAGCUCAUGAAAUAGUCUUGUAGUAUGUAAGAUGAGCUGUUGUCAAACGAUGACCAUUUGCUGUAGAUUAAAAUAUAUGGAAAAUAACCAUUUUAAAAAUAUCACAUACUUUAUCUUAAUUAAAGGAGAAUGGUACAUUUUAUUAGGGUAAUUUCUGGUCUAAUGGUGUUAUGUGUUGUAUCAAUAUAUAACUAGCGAUUAUACACCCUAAAAUAAGAUUGUUUUGAGUCCCACACAUUUGAAAUGUAGUUAAAUGAUCUCGUCUCAAGUAGUUUUGAUGUUUAUAAAAUAGUAUACGUAAUUCUGAAAAUAUACUGUUAGUAUACAAGAGAGCAAAGCUUCUGGCUUGCCUUAACUGGCCGUCCAGAAGACAAGCCCCUUAGAUUAAGCUCAUAGGAAUAUAUACUUAUCUAAAAAUGCCGUUGGAAAACUUGUAUUUAAUACUUAAGUAAAUGUUGUCUGCACGUGAAAACCAUUCUCCUAUAUAAGUAUUAUAAAAAUAAUCACAUGCGUGGAAAUGUUAAAAAAAUCUAUGUUUUCAACUUAAGUUACUUUUAAAAAUAGUCAAAGAUUAAAUUAAGUACGCAUGUCCCGAGGGCAAGGUUUUAGUGGCUAUUAAUUGUUGUAUUAGAAUUGAAAUGAUUUCUCUAUAGAUUAAAGUAAAUUGAUGAUAUAUUGAUAAUGCAUUUAAAAACUUGCACUUCGUAUACUGAUACGAUAAGGCAAUUAUAAUUCACAAGAGAAUUUUAAUUGCUUUGUCGUACAGUCAAUCAAUGUUCGAUGUUAAAUGUCUUAGUGUUAUUAAUUGUAAAAAUUAAAUUAAGCGUUUUCCCUGGUAAGUUUUUACUCAAAAAGUAUUUAUUAAAUCGAAAUAUAUUUAAAUAGAAUGCGGCUAGAGGCUGCGAUUUUGAAAUAAAUGAGUCUUGCAGGUUUACUGUGUAAGUGAUAUUGGGGCUUAUAUUAUUCUCACGACCUAAUAUUAUACAUUUGAUACAAGAUAAUUGUCUACUUUGUACUGUAAUAUUUAUUAAAAGUUUCACAUUCGUAUUUCUACUCAUCUUUUUAAGAUUUAGCUAUUUAAAAUUGUAUUACUUACAUGCGCACAAGACGGAUAUCAGAGUAACAGUAUUAAUGGACGUUCGUUGUUGAUACCGUCGUGUCCGUCAAAGAUUUAUGGAUUUGUAAUUAUUAACAGACAACAGUGGUUUACGAUACAUAUAAUAUAAAUAUAAGAAAAAAAAAAGUAGAAAAAAUAUUAUAUUUAAGACUGAAAUUAUAUUCUUAGAUGUGGCUACAAGUAUUUUUGAUUAUAAGCAAGGCAUUUGAUUGUUCACAUUCACAAUGAUGAAUUUUUGAUCAGAGGUUUAGAAGAUUCGCUUAUGUGAGAUUUAAAUGUGUUAAGAUGGAAAAUGAAUAUGCCGAGACGAAAUCUGGAAAUGUUUCUCAAAUAUUAUAAUAGUUUAAUGUGUUACUGUAUCAGCUCGAUUGAUUUUACUAAGAAAUGUUUGAAUUGGAUAACAGUCCAUAUAAUGCUGUUUCCAAUUAUUUGCGAAAUCUUUAUAUUAACUUCAUUCGGGCCUCUACAGUACCCUAUCUAUAUAUUAUUGAAUAAUUAAACGAAUACUUUCUAUAUGUGUAAUGGAUGUUUAGAAAUCUAUAUCUUGAUGUUAAUUAUAUUAUAAGGUUACAAUUUUCUCUAGAUAUUAGGACAUGAUUGUAAACCUAUACAAAAUUUUUCGUACCAAGUCAUCCUAUGAUUCGACACUAUCCCUUUUAUUUUAAUGCACGCAUUCAAACACGUUUCAAGUAAAAACAUCUUUAAUAAAAAAAGCUAUGAAACAGUGCAUGUAGUACGAUUACGUAAUAAUAAACAUAAUUGAAAAGAAUGUGACUAUAACAGGUGCUGAAUAUUAUGAUGCAUAAUAUUCGUGAAGAGUAGUUAUUUUUGUAAAAUAACUUUGUAAAGAGGUUACAAUUGUUUCUGUUUUAUACGGUUUACUAAGACAUUCAGGAUCGCCUGACUAAUUAAAACCACCAGUUUCAAUGACGUAGGCCUGAAAUCGAUUAACAACGAACCAUAUAAGACAUGAAUAAUUAAACGAAGUUGAUUGGGAAUCAAAUAAUAGUAAAAUAUUUUCAAAAUGUAGUAAAAAUAUAUGCAACCUUGUUGCUAUUUUUUUAAACAAUGACCAACUAGUAUACACACUUCCUUUUGGUACUAGUUGUACAAAAAACGUAAACUAUAGGGCCUUAACACAUUUAUACUGAAUACUAUUUUCUGAAGAAAUAUAUAAAUAUUGUAUCUAUAAAUAUCAAAAUGAUAUAGCUCUUUGAAAGUAAAUUAUAUAUUUAUAUAUGUAUGUUGUAUUAAAAAUUUAUAAAAUAUAGAAUAUAUGUGUAGAGCUGGUUUCUUAAGGCUUCUGGUUAAUACGUGCAUUAUCAUUGCUCUUUCUGCCACUAAAACCAAAGUCAACUUUAUUGUCAUUUAUUUAUGGACCAUAAUAUGUAGAAUAUGACUCAUUUUAACUAAUUUAUGCCAAAAUUAUUAUGUAUUACAAGAUGUACUCGCACAGUGAGCUGGACCUUGGAUUCUACGUCCUGAAUACAAUUGUUUAUUCUUUAUCUUGCUUCUAUUUUGUGCUUUUUACCUUCGUGUACAAAAAUAGUUAUAACGGCAAUUUAAACUUACUGUUUAUUUUAUAAAUAUCCUUUACCUAAUUAGUUAUUCUUAGCGAUGUUUUAGGAGAAACUAUUUGCUUUCAUUACGUAAUGUAGAUGCAAAUAUGUGUACGUGAAUGAUCACUAAUAAAUGUAUAAAAAUAU